GUCGAAGGGCGUGAAAAGUGUCUCUCCUUUCGCUCAGAGAAGAAGUUUCUUUUCCACACUUCAACUGAGUUCAAAUUGACUGAAGUCAACUCUAUUAAGGUGCCAAUCAUUUAAUCCAUCUAAACUUCUGGAUGAAGCAGCACCAUCUAAUUGGCCCCAUGGAGAUGGGAAACCUUGAACCUUGAGCUGAAUAAGGAAAAAACAGGCUGUCCUUGAAAAUCAUCACUGUACUACAAAAAUAAAUCAGCCAAAAUGGGGAACCGACAAUCAGAAAUUGAUUGCUGCGUUUGUUCUAAAAUUCUAUCUCCAAACGCCUCCGAAAAAAAAGAUACUGUUCAUGGUCAAUAUGUAUUUGUGUACAAUGGAGGUGAAUACUACAAGGAAGUUGGUUACAAUAUGUACAAGUGUGAACACUGCUUUCACACUGAAAACAGGAAUCAAGAGAAGGAUAAGGAUAAGAGAACGGAGGAGGAAAGAAAAAGAGACGAGCUCAAUCAAAGACUCCAAGAGUCAAAGAACCAAGCUGAAAAGCAGCAAGAACCCCUGACAUACACCAAUUCAGAAAAACUCAAAUCCAAGCAAAAUGUUUUGAAACAACAUUUGGAUGCAUCUGAGGCUGACUAUGAAUCAGCUGGUGGUAGAGAUGAUUUUCUAGCAAUCCUCUCUUUGACAUGUGGCAUUGAGGUUUUAGAUCCCCGCCUCACUAAAUGGACAGCUGAUCAGCAGGGAAAGAUCCUUCCAGCUCUGGACAAACUCCUCUUCAGUGAAUGGAUUAGUGAUCCACCAUCACUCAGCACUCUGCAGAACACCCAAGUCUACAUCACAGAGCUGUGCGCCCUGUCUCUGGAAACUUCUGAGGGAGUUUUCUUACAAACGAUCUCUGACCACAUGCACCUCCUGGUGGGGUCUAUUGAUAAAUCAGCAUCUAAUUAUUCUGAAAGUUUGAUGUUGACUCAAGCAUUGUACUUAACUCUGGUACACUUCUUGGGUGAGACUGGAACCGAUAAUACUGAUGCAGUCCUCAUCGCUAAACAAUGGAUUGCAAAUGAGCUCUCCACUGAGAAGAUCUUUGUUGUUGGAUUCCUGAGCAUCCUCACAUCAUCACUGCAGAGUGCAGUUGAACGGAGCUCUGUGUUAAUUACAAAGAUGGAAGUAGAAUGCUUGAAACUUAUUUUAUCAGAGCUCACAGAUCCAAUCCAAACCCACCCUGAAACCACGAAAAUGAUCCUAACACUUGUACAAAAAAACCAAUGGUCUCCAACUGAAGCACUUAAUCUGCUCAAAGAACUGUCACAGAAACGUGCACAUGAUUUUUAUGUGGCUAGAGUCUUAAAAUUGAUACAAGUGUAUGACGUAUCACAUGACUGGAUGGAUGAAUACGGGAACUUUCUCACCCAGGUUGUUGGUAAUUUGGACAUCUAUACCGAGGAUUUCCAAAAGAUUCUCAGAAAGAAAGAUGAGCACAAUCUACAUUCAGCUCUGGCCAAGUUAAAAAUGUCACAGAAUUUGGAUAAUGAUAAGAUUGGUUUCAUUACGAACGUCACCACUUUUGUCUUGCAGAAUUCCGAAAAUCUGCCGACAAAUUCGGCAUUUAUAAGACAUUCCUUACAAGAUGGAGUGUUAAAACAAUUGGAGAUACAGAACUGCCUCUUUCUUCUCUGCAAAACAGUUUUUGACACAAAAGGCUGGUGGCCUACAGUGAAGCAGAUGGUGCACUGGUGUGUAUUGGUGAUAAAAAAGAAGACCGAAGAACCACAACUGGUUGGAAUAGAAGUAGACCCAUGUGUCAUAGCAAUGUUUGCAGCCACAUGUGUCUACAUGGGACACAAACUGGACAUUGUUCUGAGCUCUGUUGAUCACUCAAAAGAGCAAUCUGAGGAGUGGUCUGUCUUCUACAACAACCUUGGAAUUUCUCAAAACACAAACAUGAAGACAGACGCAUUACUCAGAGAUGUCUAUGAAGCAGACAUUGUGUAUGGUAUACUGGAUGACUUUGUUUCUGAUUACUUUUGGCAUGGCAAAGACAUGAUAGAAAAUAGAAAACCUCCGUUUAUUCGAGGUUUCAUCAUCGAUGCAAAAAGCCUAAGUACUUUGGAAAAUCUGGAUCUGUUAAAGCUCAAACAGAAUGAAUAUGUAGUGUUUACAGCAGAAGUAAUUGAGACCCUCAUACACAACUUCCAAAGUGAAGAAAUGGAAUUGAAAUGCAGGUUUAUGAAGGAUCUCUUUCAGAUGCUCCACACUAAUCCAUACAAAUACAAAAACAAUAAAAUGAUCCGUAUCUUCGAGAACAUUACUGGGAUGGGAUUGUAUUUGCAUCAGAGAUUACUUCUGAUCUUUCUCGAGAAUCUCCUUGAAACACUUACUAAUGAAUCAAGAUAUGGGAAAAUCAUGACAUCUGCUGCUAAUGGAUGGUGUUUUGAAGCAUUAGUUGCUUGUGUAGAUGAAUUGGACAGGCAAAGAAGAGAAGCAAAAGAAAUCUUCCAGAUGGCUUCAAUUCUUCAAGCACAAUCACUUUGGCCACCAACAGAGAUCUUGUACCUAAUUGAAGUAUUAACUCACCGCCAUCAUGAUGUAUACUGCAUUUCCAUCAUGAAGAUUUUACAUCUGAUGACAACAUACCAGGUUUCUUCCAAGUGGAAAGAUAAGAGAAAGCAAUCUCUCCUUGAUCUUGUAUUUUCACUUCCAACUGGGGAUCUGAUCAACCAUUUAAAAAUGAGCUUUGCAGAUGAAAAAAGCAAAAGUGUUGACAUACUCUUUAAUGAAAUACGUCAGAUGAAAGACAUUGAUGAACAGACCCUGAAGAAAUCUGAAACUGUAGUAACAAACCUCAUCAAAAAUCGUGAUAUUAGCCAAGACAACGAUGUAAAGAAAGCAAAGACUCUGUGUCACAGUAUGGAAACAGAAGACCUUGAAGAAAUCCUGGCAGUUUUAUGCUAUGCUGUUCACAAACACAAGGCGUGGUGGCCUAGGGCUACUCAGAUGAUGAGCUGGUGCUUCUUGGCCUUAUCUGAUACUGGGAAACUCUUGGAAAUGGGAACUGGAGAAGGAAAGUCUUGUGUCAUAGCCAUGUUUGCAGUGCUGCGUGUGCUGAGAGGUGAAAAAGUAGAUGUGGUUUCCAGCUCUUCAGUCUUAUGUCAAAGAGAUGCAAGAGAAUGGAAUAAGUUCUACAAGUACUUUGACAUUACAGUUGACACAAACACAAACAAGACUAGCUAUAUGGAGCUAAAAGAAUGCUACCAGAAGAAUGUGGUCUAUGGAACCAUUGACUUCUUUGCUGCAGAUCACCUUCGCAAGAUAUUUGAGAUGAAGGAUGUGAGACCUGAUCGCAGCUAUCAGUGCGUUAUAAUUGAUGAAGUGGAUUCCCUUCUGCUGGAUCAAGGAGUGCAGCUGACCUACCUGUCCAGCCCCAUGGUCUCAAUGGAGCAUCUGAACUUGUUUCUCAUCAUGAUCUGGGGCCACGUUUCUCAGUAUGGCUUUCUGUCCUCAGGACAUAGGACAUUUGUCCAUGGUCCUCCAGCUUCAUUCUUCAAGGCCAUCUGUGACUCAAUCAAUAAAGAAGAAAAGAUUAAGCCAAUGGACAUUUUACAGAUUGCUGAAGACACAGGAACUGUGUCAAGGGGGUUUGCAAACAAGAUCUACACAAGUAAAAUGGAAGAUGUUGCUGAACAACUCAAAACUGUGAGUCAGGAUGCUGUGGUUCAUUUUUUUGAAAAAAUGGAGGACUAUGUCCCUUAUGGAUUUACCGUUUACACUUCAGACAAUAAGGGAUUGCUCCGUCUCAGAAAGGUUAGCCCGUACAACAAACACCACAUCCCAGAGCUGACGUUUCUUGUCUUGGAGGAAGGCUUGUGUUGUCCUCUCUAUGACUCAGAAGAAAGUCUCAUCAGGCCAAUUGCAGACUUUAUCACAGAGAAGAUUGAGUACACACCAUGUACAAACGACAAAGAGAAAAUCAGUGUGGCAGGGUACAGGACUGCACCCCCUCUCUCCCCUGAAGACUCCCCUGCAGACAACGCCCCAAACCUGGAAAAUGCCACAAUCAGAAUCCCACAAUUCUUGAAAAGUCUGAUUGAAAGCAAAGUGUCAGCGUGGGUUCAGAAUGCCUUUCUGGCAAUGCAGCUGAGGGAAGGACGGGACUAUGUUGUUGAAAACAACAAUGUCUGUCCUGUGGACUUCAGAUCCACUGGUAUUGUAGAACUGAAUAAGAAAUGGGGUGAUGGCCUCCAACAGUUUGUUGAGAUUAAACACCAAAUCAAAUUGAGCACAAUUUCAAUGGUGACAAACUAUAUUUCUAACAUCUCCCUUUUUAAGAAGUACCAUGGAAAGAUAUAUGGGACAACAGGAACACUUGGCGGCAAAACAGAUAUUCUGUUUUUGCAGGAAUUAUAUCCAAACCUGUCUGCCUGCAAAAUGCCAACUUUCAACAGGAAGAAGUUGUUUGAGGUGAACGGAACGCUGAAGAAAUCAAAUGAAGAGUGGAAAUCUGAAAUAAAACGUGCAGUCAUGGCUCAGCCAAAUGGGAGAGCAGCCCUGGUAAUCUGUGAAACAAUCAACAAAGCCGAAGAGAUCUACGAAUACCUGAAAAGCGAUGUCCAAGGUGAAAUAAUUCUCUACUGCCGCAGUGACAAAGACAGUUUGAGCAAAAUAGAAAGGGAACUUCUUCCUGGAGACGUCAUUGUUGCCACAAACUUGGCCGGGCGAGGCACAGACAUUAAAGUGUCCGAACAGGUGAACAAUAAUGGGGGACUCUUUGUGAUUCUCUCCUUCCUUGCAGAGAACCAAAGAGUGGAAUUUCAGGCUUUUGGUCGAACAGCACGCAGAGGCAAACCUGGAUCUGCACAGAUAAUCAUGUCCACUGAACAUCUGCAGCAAGAUUUCAGUAUGGUGACAUCUCUAGAAGAAGCGAAGAGAAACAGGGACACAUGUGCAGUGGAAAAGAUAAAUAGCAUGUUGAAUGAUGUCAUAGAGAUGAAUCUGCGAGAGGAACUGUUUUCAGAGUACUGUGAAACACUAAAAAAUAUUUACGACAACAAAGACAAAACAAAAACAAAACAAGACAAAAGAGCUGUUGCAGCCAUCAUGAAUGAGUUCUGGGGGAUCUGGCUGGAAAUUCAUUCAGAAGACAUUGAACAGUUGAAGAGAGAUGAACUGAAAAGGAAACUAAAAGAGGAUUUGUCAAAGGCAAAAAGUGACUCUGAAAGACAGACUUCACCUUCUUCUAGCAUUUAUCACUACAUCAAGUUUGGAAAUAUAGCGUUCAAUGAAAGACAAUGGGAGGUCAGCACCAAGCUCUUUGAAAAAGCCAUGGAUCAAGAUGAAAGCUGGGCAGCCAUUGCUUUUUACAAUCAUGCAUACUGCACAAUAAUGCAGAAAAAGAAAGAUUAUCUCACUAAUGCAAGAACAGAUUUGACAAAAGCACAAAAGUCUCUAAAAUAUCUCAAUGAAGAAAGUUUCAUGUGUUUGCAGUUUGUGAAAAUGACUUGUGCAACCUCAACCAACAAUGACCCAACCAGCCUCGAAAAGCAAUUCACAACCAAGUGCAGCAUGUACACGUUCUUUGACGAGAACAUCACUGAGGCCAUCAAAAAGCUGGAGAAAAUGAUUGAGGAUAAAAAGGAUGCAUUGGCCCAAAAAUCACCAGUCUUCUCCCUUGUUUCAAGUGCUGAUGAAGAACUCCAAGGUGAAGCCUUCAACCUCUACAAUCGUGGUCUGAAAUAUAUAUUUACUGUCGAACAAGAGCCCACAUCCUGGGGUCCUCUGCUGGUGAUUAUUCUUGGAAUUGCUCAGAUUGUUGCUGGAGUAUUGCUCACAGUGUUUACAGUUGGUGCACUGGCUCAGGUUGGCAUAGGACUCGCCAUUGAAGGCAUAUCAGACUGCAUCAACGGUAUAGCAGCCUGGGUGGAAGGAGAUUUCAGCUGGAAGACAUGGGUUACAGACAAAGCCAUUUCAAUUGGUGUAUCAAUUAUUUCCUUUGGAGUUGGAAAGUUGAUAACAAAAGGAUUCAAAGCUUGCAAAAUGUUAGUAACAGGUUUAGGUAAAAAUCUGAAGGCUCUUCCCCAGUUUGUUCCCAAAGUUAAGUCCACCUUAAGUGAGGUCACAAAAGCAAGCAUGAAAACUGCAGUAACAGAGAGUUCAAAAAAAAUUGUGAAGGAAGCCAUUUUUAAAGGACUUGGGAAGGCAGGAGAAGAACUAUUGAAAAUAGAACUUGAAAGAAUCAAAACAGAGGUGUCAGAGACAAUUGCUGAAGAAGUGAAAACCAACAUAGACAAAAGCCCCUUGAAGACAUUGGUAGACUCUAUUAUCCUCUCACAUCUCGAACAUAAAGAGCAACUCAACGAUCUAUUGAAGGACAAAAACAGAAGGAGCGACCUGCUGUUUAUUUUCAAGCAGCGCAGCAAAACUGCACUACAACCAUUUAAGGCUGACCUGGACUGGCAGAACAAGCUCAACUCAUCCAUACUCAAAGUGAUGAAGACAGCUGAAGCUCUAACUACAGGAAAACUAGAAGCAAUUCUAAUCGCCAUCCAAACUACCCACUUCUUGAUCCUGCUAGCAGAUGCCACUGUUGCAGCAGUCAAUCUGUCCGGCAAGUUUUUCUUAGAACUUCAAUCGCAGGAUGUGUUUGAAAAAGCAAAAGCUAUGAAAGUUGAGAUGAAGGACCCGUUAUCUUCAGAAACUGAAGAGAUGCUGAAAGAAUUCAAGCAGGAGUUGACCAGUACCAUCAGUAAAUUACUGGCUGAUGCUAUAGUGGAAGUGUUCCACCAGAAGUUCUCCAGUCACUUUGUUUUUGCUGCUUCAGGUAAAGUGAAUGACAUCAUCAAAGAAAAAGCCAAAUCUGGCAUUCAAAAAGUAAAGGAUAAAUUCAGAGAUCACCAGAACAACAGGGACACUGCAAACACGCUGGGAAAUCCAACUUCUACACUUGCAGUAAAAGCAGGUAAACUCUUAAGAUCACAUGCAGAGAAAGUCAAAUAUCCUAAUGGUGAGGGGACAAUUCUUGAUAUCCGAGUCCUGUCAGAGGUCACUGGAACUAAAGUUAUCAUAUUCACAGAGGACAGAUAUGGCAGACGUAGACUACAGGAGGUGAACCCAAGCCUUAAAAUUGCCAAUCAAACUGUCACACUGAUCUACAGACCAAAGAGUGCCCAAUAUCCUGAUGGCCGUUAUGAUGUGUUAAUCAAUAACACGGUCAUAUACAUAGAUGGCAAGAGCUCACUGUAUCAUGCUUUGGCACGAGGCAUUACCAGUAAAUCAAAUGCUGGUGAACAUGAUAUCACUUUCGAGGGAAACCGGCUCAGAUCCAUAGUGGCUGAUGCUCUCCUCAGACACCCAGGCCAAUGGGAGUUUUUAAUCAAGCGCACAGAGUGGACUCAAAAAGUCAGAGGUGGAAACUGGUAUACGACAGAGGGAGCUGAACCAAAAUGGAUCAUCAAAGAAAGCAAAACAGUAAUCAAAGCAGAGUUUUGGAGAGUGAAACAAUACAAGGAAUGGCAAAAACAUGCAACUCAAAAUCCAGUGAUGGGAAAAAUCCUUAAUACAGACCAUCAGCCACCAGUUCGUAGUAUGCUGGAAGCUAAAAACAUGAACAUGAGUGGCAAACUAGCACUAGCUAUGCUUAAAGAGGAAGCAAAGUCUUCUCCUCUGGAUCUAAAUCAGAUGACUGUUGUGCAGAAAUAUCGUGGCCGUGAAUUUCCAGCUGUUUAUGGGCCUAAAAAGGCACACAGUCAGUUUCCAGAUUCAAAAUAUGAAGACUUUAGAUCACACUUGGCUAUGACCAUAAGUGAACCUGAUGUUGAGGGCACCUUCAAACUGACAAUCCUUGGUGCAAUGAUGAGAUGCCAGCUGGACAGUGGCACCAGCUUCAAGACCUUGCAGAUGAAGUGGAAGAAUACAAACAGGCUUGCCAUGUUUGAUAACAGUUUUCAGGAACACAGUUUGAAGUUGGUGAAUACAUGGUUUAGCCGGCUUCAGGGCACGGGUGUCAUGACGGUUGGUGAUCACAUGACCAUUACAACCUGGAUCCAAAGAAAGGGCUACAGGGACCAAGAUGAUUCACACAUGAAGCAAAUCACCAACUUCCUGCAGUGAAAAGUUGUGACCAUGUGAGGAGAAACAACAGAGAGCAUGAAAACAGCAGGGGUUGUCGACUUUCCUGGCUGUCAUAAGGAGGCUUUUCUGGAUUUGUGUCGAAAACGCUUCAUUUUCUUUUGUUUUUAAUUCAAAUUCAUUUUUAAUUUUAAGUUACUGUUGAUGUAAUUGUGGAACAUAUAACCUGCUAUAUUAAGCCAUAAUAACUUGCAUACAUUAAUGCUAUGACAAUCUGCUUUAGCUAGAAUGUAGACUUACAGAGACAGGCCCGGACUGGCCAUAGGGAGAACCGGGAGUAUUCCCGAUGCGCCGGUCCAGGAUUGGUCUGCUGGCCUGCCGCCUGAUUUUAAGAUUUUAAAAUUACUGAUUUACAAGACAUUUUAUAUUAUAAUUAUUUACUGAUUUUGAAAUCAUUUAUUUGUGCAACAAAUGGGAUAUAAUCAUUCCAUUAGUAUGUAUAUGAAUACAAGGCUAAAUCAAGUGAGACAUCGGCUACAUUAUCUUCCUGUAUGAACUAUAGUGUAUGAACAUGAACACUCUAAGCAUAUGUUGCUAUUCAAAGGUGGUGACGGUGAUGACACCAGUCCUGCUGCUGCUUCAGGAGAAACCAGUGCAGAGCAAUUGGCAGAAGGUACAGAAGCAUUUCACAGUAGAGCAACAACAUGCAAAGGUUGCAGACAUAUGAACACCACCAGACACGGCCUUUUGACAUAAACGGCUCUCAUUUGUGUUAAUAGCUUUUUUGACACUACAGCAUUAUUCUAUUAAGCGAUUGUGUUGUUGAAUUUUUCUGUCUGUUGCUGACUUGCUGUUAUGUUUCCCAGCUUACUGUAGGUUGGGGUUCAUUAGUAUGAUGAUGUGCCACGGAGGCAGUUGACAUGGCUAUUUAUGUAUAGCUCUAACCUUGACACUACUUAUUAUAUAAAUAAUAAUGUAGAACCAUCACAAAUACAGCAGUAAAGUUACUGUAUAUUCCAACCUUAGAAAUCACAGUAGGUCCCAUAUGUGGACUUCUUUGGUGGGUCAACACCUCCACAGUCCUGUCCUUGUUAUGCUUACAGUGUUCAUGUUCAUACACUAUAGUUGAUACAGGAAGAUGUCUCACUUGAUUUGGCCUUGUAUUCAUAUACAGACUAAGUCCUGGCAUGAAAAUGUCCAUGUGACAUUAGGGUGAGUGUUUUAGUGGCUAUUGUUCUUAUAUUGGAGUGUAUUUUGUUUUAAAUCAGCCAAAAACAUACUAGUGUGUGCGUGUGGGCGAGACAUAUUAGGAAAUCAAGUUUGACCUCUGGUUAAUGUGGGAAUAUAAUGGGACUAUAAUCAUAAACAAUUAUUACAAAGCUUAAACAAUUAUUGCAAAGCAUAGUGCAGAGUGUAGACUUCUGCAAGGCAGAGUGAGGGCCGGAUAUGUGUGCGCGGCAUGAAUAGGUGUGUGCAGAGUUCAAGUAUCGGGGUGCAAGGAAGUUCAGCGGGUGAAAAGUGAAGCACGCUCAAAAUACUAAAGGGCAUGCUAAGCAAAAGAUGAACAGCCCCAUAUUUGGAGUGAAGACCUGUCUGAACAGGAAAAGCAGAAGUGAGCUCAGACAGACAGAGGUGUGAAAAAGAGGAAAUGCUUUGUAACUAAUGAAACCACGUUUGUGUGUAUGCAGGUCAAAUGACCUAAAUAAACAUGUGUGUGCGCUUCAAUAAAAAUAGCUUACAGCAGAGCGGUAGAGUUUUCAGCAGAUCGGAGACAGGCCGCGGGGUCUGUAAAGCUGGGCUCUCCCUUUGCAAAGGCGUACGAAAGAUAGUGUGUGCUGAGUGCUUAUUUUCUAACUCCUGAACCUUCACUUGUGGUCUUCCUCCUGACCCAAUCCGGACCUGGGAAGUCUGGGUGACUUCAACAAUUUGGGGGCUAGUCCGGGAUUGGGGAGCAAAGGAGGCAGAAUUGGAACUCGACCAGGACGAAGGGGCAAAAGACACGAGUCGUGACUAAAAUAAGGUAAGCAGAACCUGUUUUAUGGAAUCUGCAUUGGCUAAACCAAAUUACAUCGUGCCCUAGUCUUAGUAGUACUCUAAUUGUCCAUAAAUUGUAAGGUUCAGUGGGUUGAUGUUUGGAAAAUUGCUUUGAGAAUUUUGUAGAAAUAAGAGUAUAAGAUUAAUAUGGGGUUCGAGUCCCUGUGAGUGUAAGAUUAAUACGGGGUUAGAGUCCCUGUGAGUAUACAAUUGAUACGGGGUUAGAGUCCCUGAAGAGUAUACAGAUCCUAGAGUGUGGCAACUACAACGGUACCCUGAUGAGGGGCCGGUAAAAGCUUGGUUAGAGUCCAGAGGGAAUUGAGGACCCCCUAAAUUGUAAGGUUCAGUGGGUUGAUGUUUGGAAAAUUGCUUUGAACAUUUUUUUGAAAUAAGAGUAUAAGAUUAAUAUGGGGUUCGAAUCCCUGUGAGUGUAAGAUUAAUACGGGGUUAGAGUCCCUGUGAGUAUACAAUUAAUACGGGGUUAGAGUCCCUGAAGAGUAUACAGAUCCUAGAGUGUGGCAAUUACAACGGUACCCUGACGAGGGGCCGAUAAAAGCUUGGUUAGAGUCCAGAGGGAAUUGAGGACCCCCGAAUUCUAUGAGAAGAGGUUGAGAGUCGGAACUUUGUCUGAAAAAAAGAAACCAUAGGAUAUCAAUCUGAAGACAUAAUGAACACAAUACAAGGAAAUUGUGAUUGAUUACACCGCCAUAAUUGAACCAGUAGGGGGACACAGAUACUUGUUAGUGUGUGUCAAUGCCUUCACAGGAAAGUGUUUGAUCAACCACUACAUCCCCAGACAUGGUUUUCCAGCAAAAAAUAAGAUCAGAUAAUGUCACUCAUUUCAGGAAUCAGGACCUCCUACAGGUGGAGGCCAUGUUGGGUCUCAAACAUUCAUUUGGAACAGUGUAUCAUCCACAGUCACAAGGGAAGGUAGAAAGAAUGAAUCAAACGCUCAAAACCAAAUUGGCUAAAAUCUAUGCACAGAUCAAAAUUAACUGGGUUGAUGCCCUACCAUUAGCUCUAAUGUCAGUCAGGUGCUCAGUGCUUCAAAGAAUCGGGUUAACCCCACACGAGCUCCAUACCGAAGACCUUUCCCAGGGCCGCACACUAGGCUGCCCUGCCAACAAGGACCCACAGAGACUCUGUCUCAUCGAGAUAUUACAACACACUCCAUAGUCUUGUGUCAGCUUUCUCCAAACAGGUGGUGCAGAGACCAGGAGCAGCAGCAACCGGAGCGGAUCCAGGGACGGACUGGGUUCUCAUCAAAGUCAUCAAAAGAAAAUGGGCAGAACCUCGCUGGAGGGGACCCUACAAAAUCACUGAAAGAACAUCACACGCUGUAAGAGUUCAGGGUAAAGGUUACACCUGGUACCAUUGGAGCCAGUGUGCAGCAGCAGCAGAACCCCAGCGCUCUCUAGCCCAAGUCUUCCAAGACCUGCAGACCAGCAAUAGCCCUGAAAAGGAGACAGAAGGUCAGAUCCCAGAAGGGGCAGAAUAAUCCCUGGGUCUAGACCUAGGAGUGUGAGGUAGUUCAAAGCAAAGGGGCAGAAUAAUCCCCUUGUGGUGAGGUUUAACACUGUGGUAGUCUACCCUCAGUGUUGAAGCAAGAAGAGGACGAGGACAUCUGCGUGGUUGAGCUUCCCUCCCACUGAAAAGACUCUUGUUCAAGAGUAAUACAUGUACAUAAAUGUUAUCGCUUAAGGUUACGCUUGCUUUAUUUGUGAUAUCUUUGAUUACGGUCUCUAUUGUGCUUUGGGCUCAUUGUGAACUACCAACUCAGCGGUGCAGAAACGAUAGGAGAACGCUUGAAGCAUUAAGUGCAUGAAUUUAGCGUGAGAAAUUAGCUUGUAGGAAACAAUGGAUAUUGUAUGGCUUUGUGGGGGAAUAAUUUGGUUGAUAGGGGGGGUACACACUCAGGACGCUAGCCUUUCGGGUGAAGAGUUGCGCCAGUAGAUCCGUAGGCCUGUACACCCCUGCGAUAAGAACGCAUAUCAAGAAGACGUAUUGUACUUCUGCUAUAAUGGGACCCAAAUAGACGCUUUCUUAAUUAUACCUCGCACGGCACUCAAAAGUCCGACCGAUUGGAAGGGGUACACGUGGUAUUUGAACGCCAAGCCGUACACCAAUUUUGGCAGUCCCGGCAUUGGGGCCAUACAUUUGUGUCCACGGCACAGUGGACAGUAUAAUCAUAUGGUUGGAAGUCAGAUGCGAAAGCAUGGAGCAAAAUUGUGACCAACUUCACAAUAACCCCGACCAGCGUGAACCUCCGUAUAAACACCACUACCUCACCAAUCCCCGCAUCACCAAGAGGGGGAGAUUGCAAUCUUAUGUCGGCCUGCACACUGGCAAAUGGGUAUGAUCUGUGUUGGAGAAUAGGAAUCUGUAAGGGGAAGCCUGAAAGAAAAGAAAUCAGAUGCAACCGAAACAGGGAAAAUAACACCAGAUCCUGGGUCCUCCACCGCAAAACAGGUAACGAUAAUCGAAGGACCCCUAGCCACGGAUGGAUGGUUUCAUGUAGUCACAGGAAUAUCAGGUACUUCGAACAAUUGGUUAUUAAUGGCGGAACAGGCAGGUAAAGCAGCCAGAGGAAGCUGUGUAGUUUGCAUGGGCGCUCGUCCUUUACUACAGGUUAUACCAGACCCUCUAUCCGUAAACUGCACGCUGCAGGUAAUGAAUAGCACAAAUCCAGAGGGAGACUGUGCCCCCUGGGACAGCGCCUUCUCCGUUACAACUGCAGAGAAAAAGGAAGCCUAUAUUUUCAUCCAAAGUAACCUCACUUGUGUACGAUUAACGGGGAAAGGGAUGCAGUUUGGGAAGGUGCGCUCUAAAUGGUGUAGUCACAUCUUUGUGAUAUCUGGUGGUUUUGCCCCAGUGGCCAGAGCUGACAUCUGGUGGUGGUGUGGGGAUGACAGACUGUUUGAUAAAUUACCCAGGAAUGUAACUGGUGUUUGUGCCCAUACAAUUUUGAAUGCAUCCGUAGUUUCAUUCUUGCAUAUUUUUUUUAUAUUUUUGAAAAUUAUCUUAAACUUAAUUCACUUCAAGAUAAGUAUUGUG